AUGGUCAGUGACGAAUUGAAGCUGGAACCAUUGGUGACUACCAAAACAAGUAGUGUUGACGCGUACGUGUACUUUUCCCUACUGGAAGUGACAAAACUCAGUGACGAAUCGAGAAUGAAGCUGUUAGUGACGGCCAAAACGAGACGUACUGACGCUUACAUGACCUACUCUUCACCAAAAGUGACAAUGGUCAGUGAAGAAUCGAAGAGCAAGCUGUUAGCGAUGUCCAAAAUGAGCAACACUGACGCUUUCGUCCACUUUUCUUCACCGAAAAUGACAAUGAUCAUAGAUGAAUCGACGCUGAAGCUACUGAGUGAGAAUAGUCAUAGUUCAAUCGAGGUUGAAGCUGUUGAGCACACCGAAGACGAGACGUACUAA